GUGACCGACCUACAGCGAGCCACACCGACAUCACGAAAACAAAUAGCGGACCGCCGAGGAGUAUGACGACUUGAAAUAAUCUUCAAAGAGAGAGAGAGAGAGCGCGAGAGCGAUACGAAAAUAUAGAUAUAAAAAUAUAAGUCACACAGGGGACAUUUUUUGCAGCAGUUUCAGUUCCAGGAACCGGAGGAGGAAGCGAUACUCCCGUGGCUCUGACACUGCGUUACCGUCACCGAGCUGCGCGUGAAGAACAGCCGGGUGUUCACUUUGUACUUUCUGACCUUCAGCGGUGUCCAUCCUCAUCUUUUUCUGAUUUCCAUCUUCCUCUGCAGCUAUCACACCAUCUUUCGUGCUGGACUGUGCGGCAGCUGCCCGGCCCCCACGCCCCCCUGCCAUGGUGUCCCGCGUAGGCAUGCGCCAGCUGCUCAUGCGUGAACAAAUGCAGCAGGAGGAGCAGCGGGAGCGCCAACGUCACCUGCACCACGGGCAACAGCGGCCGCCCGGGCCUUCUGCUCCCACACCCGCCAUAAAUGCACCCGUGCACUACCCGGAGCCGAUGCAGGUGCCCGUCGAAGUGCUGAAGGUACAAACACACCUGGAGAACCCUACUGACUACCACAUCCGCCAGUCUCAAAGGCAGCAGGUGAAAGAGUACCUGUCCAGUACAUUUGCCCCCAAGCAGGCCGUCCAUGCUGCAGCUGGUAUAGUCCACCCAUCUCCACCCAACAUGGUGCAGUGCCAGUCAGCCGGUGCCGUGCAACCCCUGCCCUCACCUUGUGCAUCACAGCUUGUCCCCUCAGCAGGGAACAGCGCCCCCAACAGUCCUAUGGCCAUGCUGAACAUCUCCUGCAGCCAUGAGAAAGAGGACCGCGGGUGGCCUGGAGCCUACCCCAGGGGACUAGGUGCACUAGAUGGGAUGGAGGAAGUGAUUGAAGACAUCAUCAGCAUGCAGUCCAGCUAUGAUGACAUACAAAAUUAUGUUGACCCAGUGAUACAGAUGCCAAACACUCUUCCUCUGUCCAGCAGCCAUUUGGACGUCUACACCGGUCCUGGCAUGACCGGUCCUAGCAUUGCUAUGACAAGUAACUCCUGCCCUGCCAAUCUACAUCACAAGAGAGAGCUAUCAGAUGCUGAAGCUCGUGCGUUAGUCAAGGAACGACAGAAGAAAGACAACCACAACCUGAUUGAAAGAAGAAGGAGGUUUAAUAUAAACGACCGCAUCAAGGAGUUGGGCACAAUGAUCCCCAAAACAAAUGACCUGGAUGUUCGUUGGAACAAGGGCACUAUCCUCCGGGCCUCGGUAGAGUACAUUAAACGAAUGCAAAAGGACAUCCAGAGAACCAGGGAUGUGGAAAGCAACUUCAAGAGGAUGGAGGUAGUCAAUAAACAAUUGUGGCUCCGUAUCCAGGAGCUGGAAAUGCAAGCCCGUAUGCAUGGUCUGCCUAACAACUCACCAUCAGGUCUGAACAACAUCGAACCCCUCAACCCAUUUGUGAAGCAGGAGAACAGCCCUGAGGAUCUUCACCACCAGCGAGGCCCUCCCCAUCAGCAACCUCAACUUCACUCCCAGCCUCCUCAGCUCCAUCCACAACAGCUCCACCCACAACAGCUCCACCCCCAGGCUUCCCAGCUCCACCCCCAGGCACCACUGCAAUACUCUGCGGUAGGCAGCACACAGCCCUACGACUUUAGCCACUCACUGGACUUGUGUGAUGGCGGAAUGCCAGGUUAUGCAGAUGGCAUGGGGUGCCUUGGGGAUCUGAGCUCUAUAGGGGGCCCUGCUGGUGGCACCAUGGUUCAUGCGGGCAAGAAAAAUGAGAUGGCCUGGAUGGACGAGGCGUUGUCGCCACUGGGUACUGACCCGCUGCUCUCGGCCAUGUCGCCCGAGGCGUCUGUGGACAGCAGCCGCCGGAGCAGCUUCAGCAUAGAUGACUCAGACAUACUGUGAAACGGUUCCAGCACAAAUAUUAACACAUUCACACACCAAUUUUGUUAAAAAAACAAACAAACAAAAAAAAAACCUCAUAAAGGGCAAUGACACAUGCAACUUUUUAUUUCUUCAAGUACAUUUUUAUUUCAACAAAACCCAUAUACUCCCUUAGAUAUGAUUUAAUUCAUAAACCAUGCACUCCUAAAAAACCUGAAUGCACUAAAUCAGGUACUUAAAUAUCCAAAACAAUAUUUUACACACCAGUACUAGCAGAAUAUUUCAAAGAGGCCAUUUCAUCCGGAAGAAAGCACCUGUUGGCGAAAUAGUAAUAAAAAUAGCAGGUAAUUUUUAGUUCUUUUUAACAUUAUGCACAGCUUUAAUUAGUGUCAUACUCUUGGCGUCCAGCAUUAAAACCAAUGAGAGAAGGAAGGAGAGCAUUGCUCAGUAUCGAAAUGCAUGUAGUUAAUGCAUGUUUUAAAAUGAAACCUUAUCAUCCAAAGGCAGCUUUUACUACAUCAGGGAGACCAUCCAAAAAACAAACAAACAAAGAAUCUAAGGUAACUCUUUAUUUGAAGAUCCCUUUUUGAAGGCAUUAAAAAUGUUUAUGAAUCCUGUAUAGAUUUUUGUAGUUUUUAUUAUACAAUUAUAUAACAUUAAGGUCUAUAUAUACAUAUACAUGUAAAUACUAGAGCUGUGUAAGUAGUAGCUCCGAAUUAAAUUUCUUACUCACAAAAAUGACUGUAGCAGAACAAGUGCCUUAUCCUACGCUAAUCAUCCAGGAUUACAUUCUGCCUCACUUAGGGUUUUUAAUUAAAGUGUUACCAACUCCUGCAGUGGUGUGCUAGAAACUGUACCUAAAGUAUUAUUACUGUAUGGGAUCCUUGAAGUAAUAAGUAAGACUUAAGCAAAUAAAGUAGUGUAAUAAAUAUGCCUGGUUUCAUUGUUAAUGCCAUUAGCAUUAGUUGAUAAAUGUAGCAUUGGUGCUAGCCAAAAAAAUAAAUAAAACUGCAGGUUAUAUGGAGCAUGAAACUAGCCUGGUAAUUUAUUUAACCAGAAUCCUUGCUCACCAAAGCAAAUUACUUUGUGAUGUGUGAAUUGAAAACGGGUUUGGCUUAACCUUCCAGUUCUGUUCAUUAUAGACUUCGGCCAUCUGAUUUUAAUUUAAUAGCAACACAGCCGUUAAAUCUAUUAUAGACCAGCUGCAAUCUUUAAUGCGUCUUCAUUUUAGUUAUUAGCAAUAGAAACAAAAAUCCCACAUGGUACUCAUUCAUACACUCCUUGCGCAUGUGUGUGUGUGUGUGUGUGUGUGUGUGUGCAUGUGUGUGCAAUGUAAAUAAAUAUGGAGAGUGAUAGAGUAAUGGACUCAAUCCUUUUUUUGUUUGUUUGUUUAAAAAUAAAUAAUUUUUUUCAUUCUUUUUACCGUUUUUACUCAGGUCAGACUGACCCGAACAUAAUUUUCUGUAUUAUAAAUAUGAAUAUUCAAAUUAUUUUAUGUUUAUAAAAAAAAAAAAAAAGAAAUUAAAGCAGGCAUAAAGUUUCAUGUUGAAAAGAUUAGUGUAAACAUAAUUUGGGUCAUUUUACCCCAACAGAACACGAGGUUUAAGCUCCUCACUGCUUCUUCUUUGCCAAUUGUAACUUCACAUGGGGAAGGAUCUAAUGUGCAAUUCCAGCUAUGAAGUUUUAUUUAAAAAAUUUAAAAAAGAAGGUAAAAAGGAGAAUAGAUAUACAAAGUCAUUGUGAUGUUUUUUUCCUUCUUUCUUUCAAAGCACUGAAGAAAAUAUUAUGAUUUAAUGGCGUUAUAAUAGAUGAUUUAUUAAGAUUUUAUAUUCCACUAAGCCACUUAAGUGUAUUUUUAUCGUUUGUCACUUUUUUAUUUGAUCUUCCAGAGAUGACCUUUGCUAUCUUAGUGCAGAGCCAUUUAAAUAUGAAAAUAUUUAAACCACUAGCCUUAUUGUACAUGGUCAGCAAUGCCAUAUAAUAUAUAUUUGUUCUUUUUUUAAUGUUAGAUUUUAUCAGGCUUUUAAGAAAGUAAAAGAACAUGUAUCAUGUUUUUAUAUUGAUUUGUUUUUUUUAACAUAGUUAUUCCAAAAAACAAACCAUAGAUAAUAAUGAGUGAUGAUUCUGCCAUUUUAUCAGUUUUAAUUGAAACUUUGUGAAUGUGAAUUUUUCCUGUUGUACAGUUUAAAGUGAAACAGCAUGAUUUCUUUUUAUUUCUCUUUUUUUUUUUACCGACCAUGGUGCCUUCCCUUGUCCUAAAUCUAUACCCCCUGUACUGUCAUUAAAGACAGCCUGCCUCAGAGUUUAAAAUGUUCUGACAUCAUGUUUCUGGCUCAGAGCCUCCUGAUCUCUGUUUCCUCAGGCAUUUACAGUAAUGCUCAAAUUCAUCCACAGCCAGCAUUCAGAGAGUUGUUCUGUUAGACUAUGCAAAUCUUUGACUUGGUAAACCUUAAAGACGGGAGCUAUCUGAGCUGUUAUAGUGAUGUGUUUCUUCUAAUUUUGCCUACAUGUGCUUUUGUUGUUGUUAUCUUCCAGGAAUGAUAAGGUUUGCUGUAAAUGAAGGAAAAAUAUCCUCGGUUUAGAUAACAAGGCAGAUUGUAAUUGAAUUGAUUGUUACUGUUUCGGCAAACACAUCCAAAAGCCUUUUGAAUUCUAUCUUGUAAAAUUUCAUGGAUGUGAAUGACAUUUAAUCAUAAACAUAUUUAAGAUGA